AUGUGGGUAAUUAAAAAACAGGAUACAGAUGAAACCUUCACUCUUAUUUCGGAGCACAAUAAUUAUACUGUGGGUCGAACAAGUGCAGAUUUGGUAUUGUCUCAUGAUAAUUCAAUAAGUCGUUCCCAUUCGAUUUUACGUAUUAUCGUUAUCGAUAUCGAUAAAGAGACACUAUCAAUAGAAGAUGUUGGAUCUAAAUACGGGACUUUUAUAAAUGAAAAUAUAGAAAAUGGUAUUAAACUCAACCAAGGAAAACAACAGGAAUUAUCAGAUGGGGAUCGUAUCAGAUUUGGCAUUUUUAAAAAUAUUUGGCAUGUCUCACAUGUACCCAUCAUUAGUGCAAUAUCUGGAUUGUCUUCAGGAGAUGCUAAAAUAAUGGAACAUUAUAUGUCUUUUUUUGGAGGAAAACUUGUAGAUAAAUGGGAUACGAAAUGUACUCACUUAACAAUGAAGGAAUUCAGAUUGACUGUGAAAGCAUUACACGCCUUAGUUGAACAGAGACCAAUCGUUACUCUUGACUACUGGCGAAAUUUUGUGGACGCUGCACGCCGUGGACGUAGUACACUCCCCCAACCCAAUGAAUACAAGCCUAUAAAUAGCAAUGAUUUGAUGGGACAUAAUCUAGAUUGCACAAUAACACCGGCUCGUAAAACUGUUUUCAGCGGUAUGACAUUUGUGUUUAUGAAUGCGAACCAGCUUGAAAUAUAUGGACCCAUUAUAAUUAAAGCCGGUGGAGCUACAAAAGCUCUAAAAUUUUGUGUGCCAAAAUCUUUUUUACUUAAAAGUAACGUAGUUGUUUUGCAAUAUGUGCCCUCUACCCCAUCGCAAGGUACGCAAACGAUUAAUGUCAUUGAGAACUAUUUAGAAACUAAUAAUCUACGUUUUAUACCUGAGUAUGAAAUUGGACUAGCAAUUCUACACUGUUCUAUAGAAAAAUUCUGCAAUCCUUGUUAUAAGGUUAUUAAUGGCCUAAUACCCUCAACAAGUUCCAUGGGUUUAUCUCCUAAUACAUGUCUUUUUAAAAAUACUGAAGCUACUCAGAGUAACGCUAGUGAACGUACUGAAUUAUUUCCACGGAGCAGUAAUACAGCUCAUUUGGAGACGCAGCAAGCCUAUAAACGUCCAAUCAUUGCAGUACUUACUGAUAAUGAUGAUAGUGAUGAUGAUCUGUUUAAUUUUGGUGGCGGGCCAUCAAAAAAAACAAGUUUACAAGAUAAAUAUAAAAGUUUAGAUGAAGAACUUUACGAUUUAUUUCAAUUAAAAAAAAGUAUGCAGACAAGUGAUAAAGUAACUGGCAAAAAAUCACCCAUUAAAAACGUAAUUUUCAAACCGAAACCAAAGCCUUUACCUAUUAUAACUACACGGAAAGAAAAAACUACAGUUGAAGGUUUUCAGCAAAAAUCAGGUGUGCAAAUAGAUAAUUCGCCACCACGGAGCAGUAAUACAGCUCAUUUGGAGACGCAGGAAGCCUAUAAACGUCCAAUCAUUGUAGUACUUACUGAUAAUGAUGAUAGUGAUGAUGACCUGUUUAAUUUUGGUGGCGGGCCAUCAAAAAAAACAUGUUUACAAGAUAAAGAUAAAAGUUUCGGUGAAGAACUUUACGAUGUACGAAAUAAACAACAACAACAGGAAUUAUGUCUACUUGAAACAGAAAAGAUCGGUGUGAAUGAUGAUGGCAAAUCCGGGAGCAAACAAAAUUCAAUAUUAGAUGAUGAAAGUAUGUCAAAGCGUAAACAGAACAAAAUUAUUCAAAUUGUUAUAAGUGACAGUGAUGACAGUAAUGAAGAAGAGAAUUUAUUUCAAUUAAAAAAAAGGAUGCAGACAAGUGAUAAAGUAACUGACAAAAAAUCUCCCAUUAAAAACAUAAUUUCCAAACCGAAACCAAAGCCUUUACCUAUUAUAACUACACGGAAAGAAAAAACUACAGUUGAAGGUUUUCAGCAAAAAUCAGGUGUGCAAAUAGAUAAUUCGCCACCACGGAGCAGUAAUACAGCUCAUUUGGAGACGCAGCAAGCCUAUAAACGUCCAAUCAUUGCAGUACUUACUGAUAAUGAUGAUAGUGAUGAUAAAAGUUUAGAUGAAGAACUUUACGAUUUAUUUCAAUUAAAAAAAAGUAUGCAGACAAGUGAUAAAGUAACUGGCAAAAAAUCUCCCAUUAAAAACAUAAUUUUCAAACCGAAACCAAAGCCUUUACCUAUUAUAACUACACGGAAAGAAAAAACUACAGUUGAAGGUUUUCAGCAAAAAUCAGGUGUGCAAAUAGAUAAUUCGCCACCACGGAGCAGUAAUACAGCUCAUUUGGAGACGCAGCAAGCCUUUAAACGUCCAAUCAUUGCAGUACUUACUGAUAAUGAUGAUAGUGAUGAUGACCUGUUUAAUUAUAAAGAUAAAGAUAAAAUAACUUGA